ACGUGACACAAAUACACCACUAGUGUUCAAAUAAAUGUUAUCUCUUGGCCUAGUUAUUGUUAGGUUCAUAAGUCUAAAUCGGAUCCCGAAUCAAAAGUCGAAUUGAUUUGUAAAAAGUGAUUGGCAUAAAACAUGGCCGUAUCAGAUUUAAAGAAAUACGUUCUUCCAACAUGGAUUUUAAAUUGGUUUUAUUUAACUGCAAUUGUGUGCACCUGGGAUGCAUCUUUUAUUUUAUGCCGACCUCAUAGUUUGCCGGGUGGUGCAUGGGAUGCAUUAUGGUAUUUAUAUAAAUAUUACAUAGUAGUAGACAGACGAUACAUGGACGAAGAGGACUCAUUUUCUAGAGGAAUAAGUUUAUUAAAUGUUGUAGAAGUGGUUCUUUCUGUAUUAGUUAUACUUUUGCAUUAUCAAAAGAGCCAGCACACACGUUUGAUGGCGUUCACGGUGUCAGUGAUGACGUUCUGGAAGACCGUACUGUAUUUUGUCAUGUUUACAGAAUACUGUGGAGCAGGACCACUUAGAGUACAAAAUACAAUAAUGCAAGAAAUAUUUAUAUACCUUAUUCCAAACGGUAUAUGGGUUGUCGUUCCUUUUCUGGUUAUGAUUCAAUUAUGGAGUCUUUUGGCAACAGACAAUAAACAGAGUUCAAAGUUUAAUUAAUUUCAUUGUAGAAAUUGGGUUUUAAUGACGUUAUGAUACUUUGUUGUACUUAAGUUGCCAGUAUGUGAUUAUUGUUUUAUAGAUAAAUGUUAUAUGAAUCAAUU